AUGAGCAAGUUGGGCAAGUUGUUCAAACUGGGGGGCUCGUCCCGGGGCCGCGCGGCGCCCAGCCCGCAGGAGGCCCUGGCGCGGCUGCGGGAGACGGAGGAGAUGCUGGGCAAGAAGCAGGAGUACCUGGAGGCGCGCAUCCGCCGCGAGCUCAGCCUGGCGCGCACGCACGGCGCCCGCAACAAGCCAGCUGCGCUGCAGGCGCUGAAGAGGAAGAAGCGGCUGGAGAAGCAGCUGUCGCAGAUCGACGGCACCCUGUCCACCGUGGAGUUCCAGCGGGAGGCCCUGGAGAACGCGCACACCAACACCGAGGUGCUGCGGAGCAUGGGCCUGGCGGCCCGGGCCAUGCAGGCGGCCCACGCGGACACGGAUUUGAACAAAAUAGACGAUUUGAUGCAAGAAAUCACGGAGCAGCAGGAUGUCGCCCAAGAAAUCUCCGAGGCGAUUUCUCAGCGUGCUGGACUCGGCGAGGACUUCGAUGAGGAUGAGCUUCUGGCGGAACUGGAAGAACUGGAGCAGGAAGAAUUAAAUAAGAAGAUGACAAACAUCCGGCUUCCCAGCGUGCCUUCCUCCUCCCUCCCAGCACAGCCGGUCCGAACGCCUGGCCCCGCGGGCACGGCCCCCCGGCCCCGAGCAGCCCCGUCCCGGCGGGCAGGCGGAGAGGACCCGGACCUCCAGCACCUGGCUGCGUGGGCCUCCUAA